AUCUGAUCUCAUCGGCUCGCCAAAAGCGCCCAAAAACAUUGUCACAGUGACUCCGAGCGCGUCCCAAACGGCUGCGCCCUUCUCUUCACUCGUACUUUUAGCCCACAUAGCAUAUCCCGAAGCUUCCAGCGAUUCACGCGUACGCCGCUCCUUUUCAUCACCAGACCCAUUACGACCGCAACCAUGGCGCACCGCGACCGCGCACCCUACGUCGCUCAAGAUCCAAAAGAGAUCACUAACCUUAUCCACUCGUUGCAUGCCCAUGAGGGUAAGAAGGGCAAAGGCGGGUUCUCCGUCAAAAAGCACACAUUCACCCUACCCAGCGGCCGGACGGUCGACUCUUGGAAGAUGAACGACUGGGAUUAUAAGAAGGAGCACCUCCCCACCUACGCGCGAGGACUCUUCACAUAUACAAACCGCGCUGGACAGCCCGAGAUAGCCGUCAGGGGAUACGACAAGUUUUUCAACCACGGCGAAGUCAGGAAGACAGAAUGGAACAAUGUGGAGCGAAACACACGAGGACCGUAUGAGUUGAGUGUGAAGGAAAAUGGUUGCAUCAUCUUUGUUUCCGGCCUUGAUGACGACACACUCUUGGUCUGCAGCAAGCACUCCACAGGUGCACGUGGCGACGUCGAGCUCAGUCACGCGAUGGCAGGUGAGCGUUGGGUCGAGAGGCACAUUGCGAAAGUCGGGAGGACAAAGGUGGACCUUGCGCGAACGUUGCGGGCAAUGAAUGCGACACUGGUGGCCGAACUGUGUGACGACGAGUUUGAAGAGCACGUCCUUGCUUACACGCCCGACCAGGCCGGCUUGUACGUCCAUGGUAUCAACCUUAAUCUUCCUCAGUUUGCGACGUAUCCCGGGCACUUGGUCGACAAGUUUGCAGACGAAUGGGGAAUGAAGAAGGUCGUUUAUGUCAUGGAGAACGAUAUCAGCAUGGUCAAGACAUUCCUGGACAAGGUCGCCGAGACUGGAAACUACGACGGACGCGACACUGAGGGUUUUGUUGUCCGAUGCCAGGCACGAGCAACCGAAGCCGCACCUUACGAAGACUGGUUCUUCAAGUACAAGUUUGAGGAACCAUACCUAAUGUACAGGCAGUGGCGGGAGUGCACAAAGGCUAUGAUUGCUGGGAAGCCACCGCGGGCCAAGAAACACAAGGCCAUCACCGAGGAGUACUGCGAAUUCGCGCGCAAGAAGUUCAUGCAGAACCCAGGACUGGCGAAGGCCUACAACCAAAACCAUGGUAUCAUCAAACUGCGUGAGGAGUUCCUGGCUUCGCGUGGCAUAACAGGCGCAGAAAUCAUUCAGCAAGAGCUGAAUGCAGGCGCACAGGAGAGUAAGUCGGUCAACAGAAACGUGGUUCUUGUUCCCAUCGCUACGAUCGGCUGUGGUAAGACGACUGUGGCUCUGGCAUUGGUGAAGCUGUUCGGAUGGGGCCACUUCCAGAACGACAACGUCAAAGCAAAGAAAGGACGAGGCCAGGUCUUUGCCGAUACUAUCUCCUCACUGCUCAUCAUGAACCCUGUCGUCAUUGCCGACCGGAACAACCAUCAGAAGCGCGAGCGAGACCAGAUCAUAAACGACAUCUCGCGAACAGUGCCGGACGCUCGCUUUGUCGCACUUCAUUACGUUCACGAGCGAUCGAACUUUGACGCCAUCCGUGACGCGACACGGAAGCGUGUGCUUGAUCGUGGCGACAACCAUCAGACCAUCCAGGCGGGCUCGAAGGGCUCUGGCGAGAUCAUUGAGAUCAUGGAAGGCUUCAUGCACCGCUUCCAGCCUCUCGAUCCCUCGGAAGCCCCUGAUGAUAUCUUCGACCUUGUCAUUAACAUCGAUCCCGUUCAGGACUCGCGCCAGAACCUGGAGACGAUCAUUAGCAAGAUGGCAGAGACAUACCCUGCUCUGUUCGAAGGCCGAGACAUGCCGACUGACACGGAUAUGGACGAAGCAAUCCAGUGGGCUAUGAACGACUACACACCCGACUUCAAGAUGGACCUAUCACGAGGCGGCCCGAAGAGCCAGCAGUACAACAACAACCAAAUUCUCCAGAACAUGCAGAAAAGUCAGGCCGGAGAUAAUGGAAGGAAACAGCCGCAAGGAGAGGGCAAGUCUAAGAAGGCCCCGCGCAUGGAGUACUUCUCUGUCAAGCUGAAUUCGUCCCGGGUCAGCUCAAUCCUGGAUGCUGCGUUCAGUGGUAAGGGACCUGAGGCUGCGCGGCUCUACAACCACCUCAAGCAGCAGCGCCGUAUUCAAAACGAGUUUCACGUUACACUCAUUCACCGGGCUUCAGCCACUCAGAAUCAGCCAUACUGGGACAAGUUGACCAAGCUGAACGACAGUGUGCAGGCUAUGGCUGGGAAUGGAGAGCCAGAGUUGGGCAAAUGCGGUGUCCUGCUGGAGCGCUUGAUCUGGGAUGACCGCAUCAUGUGCUUCGUUGUGCGUCUCAACGGUGCCUCCACGCUCCAGGUUGAAGGCGGAGCCGGCACAACGACAGAAGAAGUGAUGUUCGAGACGGUCAACCCCAUUGCACACAUCACCGUCGGCACGGCAAACCAGAGCGUCAAGCCCAAGGAGAGCAAUGACCUGCUGCAGCGAUGGCUGAACGAGGGCUCGGGCGAUGCAACCGGCAUUGGCGAGCUGACUGUCAAGGGCAACGUGGUGCUUGAUGGCAGCGUCCGCGGUGUGCUAGGUCGAAUGUAGAAUGGCGACGGGCAUGUGACGGCUCGCAAGCGGUGAUAUAAAGGGUUGCUUUGAAGGAGGCGAGGCGGCGAUGAAGCGAGAAGGGCUUCGAUUACGACAACAAAGGCAGGCAGGCCUGUGGAGGGAAAUGGCAUACAUGGCGCUCAGUCACAGCAUCUCAGCUCUACUUACAUCUCAGCUCUGCAUCUCAGCUCUGCGUGUUCACCACGAGCAACCUGCCUUAUACCAAUUCAACGAAUCAAAUUUAUCU